CAUAUUAGGUAAUUGUCAAUAACAAAACAUUGACUAUCGCCGUUUGAGUUUUGACUUGAGUACAGAUUUGUCAAUUAUCAGAUUUAUCACUUGAAAGUUGAAUUUACGAAGUGCAAACUGUUUUAACAUUUUAUUGAGACUUAUAUAGACGAGAAUAAUAUAAUUAUUAAUUAUUUUAUGAUAUUAUUAAUGAUAGAGAAAUGCCUCCAAAGAAAACCACUUCCACCAGGUCCGUUUCUGGUGACAAAAAACCAACUCGCAGACGGAGAAAAUGUGUAGUCAAAAAGUCUUCCAAGGUUUGCAAGGAUGAUUUAGGUGCCGAUAUCGCGAUCAGUUGCAUAAAAGAUGUAAAACCAGUGACCAGAGGCACAAAAAGAAAAGUUACCCAAAAUAAAAUUGAAGCUGUUAACAAUGAGAAGGCAGCAAAUGACAGUAAAAAUUCUGAAAGAAACUCUUCCAAUUAUAAUCAACCUGUUGCUAAGAAAAGAAGAAUAACUCGUAAACUAGAAAUUAAGUCUACUAAGGUUACCAGAAAUUGUAAAAAAAAUCCUCAAGUUGAGAAACAAGGAAAGCGUGAUGUAAAAUCGAAAAUUCUGACAUUAAGACAUAAAGUAUUUCCUAAAGAUCUUAAAAUUGUAAGAACAUUUGUCAAUGAUUAUGUACCUGAUGAAGUUACUUCAGUAAAUGAUAUAAACUCAGUGAUGCCAACAAUAAAUACAACCACUAAAUGUUUUGAAGCUUUAACAUAUGAUCUUAAAAAAAAUCCAAUUGUAUUACUUGAAAACCUUGCUAUAAAUGAUAAUAGCAUUAAUAUAAGAGAUGAAUCUAAAAAAUCUUUGGAAAAUAAUAAUCAUUCGAAUAUUACUAAUGGACAAACUAAUUGUGGAAAUAAUAAUAGUGACCUCAGUUCUGAUGCUUUAUCGCAAGAUACUUUACCCAUUAGAGAUGCAUCUCAGGUAUUGGGAUUAGACCAGUUGUUAUUCUUAGAUAACUACAUAUCAAUGUUACACCAAUAUUCUGGAUUCAGCUCUGAAAAUAAUGUUGACUUUUCAAAAAAAAAAUUGCAACUAAAUGUACAAACACAAGAAUUAAAAAAUAUUACAUUUGGAGGACUACUUAGAAGUGACUCUUCUUGUGGUGAUUAUGUUGGGAAAGGAUCAAUAUCACUUCAAAUAGAUGAGAAAAAAUUAAACAACACACCUGAACCAAAUGCUAAAGAGCAAGUACCUGAAGCUGGUAUAGAAAGAUCGGAUUAUUACCCAGACAGUUUCAUUUAUACUGACGAUGAUGAUGAUGAUGACACUAUAUCACUUUUUGCUGAAAGCCUUUCAAGUUUUGAAACUAACCCUAUAAUGUCAUACAACUCUAAAGUAGGUAAAUAUGAACCUAUUGUAGAUAAUAGAGAUGAUACUGCCAUCUUCAAAAUCCCAAAACCAGUAGUACUUAAACAGUGUAUCCAGGUUUGUGAGAAACAAAAAGCUGACUCAACAUCAUUUGGAUUAUCUGAAGAUUCUGGUACAAAAGUGGAGUAUAUGAAACCUGAAACAAAACUCGACAACAUGUUUACUACUAAAACAACAAAAAGUCGCGUUUUAUCCCCGGUCUUGCAAGGAUCACCCUUACCAUUUACAUUUGUAAGAAGUGCUGUCUUUAGAGGCGUCUGCAUUUUCAACAUAAUGAAAAAUUGCAAGAAAAGCAGGUGCAAUUUUCCACACACUCUUCCGACACAAAGUUUUGUAAGUGAAAAGUUAGUUGAAUUGACUGAAGAUCAAUUCCACCAAGAAUAUCUAAUGGUAUGUAAGAAGGCUCAAUUAUUAAGGUUGUAUGGACUAGUAUAUAUAAAUGAAGGUAUUCGUCGAAAAUGUUCUAGAAUAGUAGUGGAAAUAACAUUAAAUGCUCUAAUUAUUUUUGAACAGACCCAAGAAAAGGUAAUAAUAACUGAAAUAGUGGAAAGGACAUUGUUAUAUUUGAAUCAAGUGAAUUUCAAUGAAAUUUGUGACUUGCUGAUAUCAGAGGUUAAACCAGGUGUUCAAGUGUGUGAUAAAUUUUUGGAAGUAAUAGGGCAAACUCAAAACUUCUCUAGGUUUAAAAUAGUAUUUGUGAAGUUGGCAAAGUUAAUGUGUGAACAAAAAAGGACUUUUAACAGUGAAACAGUGUCUCAGAUUGUAGAAAGGUUGUGUAUUUUGCCAUAUUCGUUUGAUUUGGCGCGGGCGGUAUUAGAUAUGUUGAAGAAGACUGAUACGGUAGUGUUUUGUAAUUCAAUGAUUACUGUUUUCGAGAGAAAACUUUUGAAAUUUGACAAUCAAUUGCAUAAAGAAUUUGUUAAGUUAAAAGACCAACCCAAUCAGUGCAUAGAUGAUGGUGAAACAAUGUGGAAUAUAUCUGAUAAUGCCAUCAGGUACUCUCCUGAUACAACAAACAGAGACAGUCUGGAUAGACAUGAGCAUGUGGAAGUCGGCCUACCAGACCAAUCUCAACAAAGUAGACCGCGUAGGCUAUAUCCUAAAUUCGAUUGGGGCUCUUCCAAUCCUAUGAAGCAACUCCCCAGAACAUUCAGACAAGUAAAUUAUGGACAACCUUCGAGUCUAAGACCCCAUAAUCCAUGGCAAAGACAGCCAAACCGGCAUGUACGUCCAACGCCACAUUUACCAUCUCUAAUUAACCUACGUUUUCCCUCACAAAAUAUACCUCGAAGGAAAGGGCCGUAUCGAUAGGUUGACUUUGUAAUUAAUAUGUAUAUUAAUUAUUAUGGUACAAUUGUUUAUAGCUCUGUGGUGAUAAGUGUCUGUGGUGUUACGUAUGAACUGUCUCUAUUAUCUUUGUAAAGUUUAUCAAAGUGUGCAUAGACAAAUAGAAUUUAAUUGUGACAUAUUUUUUUUUAUCUGUACCCUGAACACGAACUAACAAAUUGUCAAAAUUGUUUUAAAAAAAAUUUGUCUACUGAAUUCCCAUCAGGCAUAAAUUUUUGUUGUCAAGACAAAGUGUUGCUCAAUCUCAUCAAAUAAUCAUACAAAAUAAAAUUAAAUGCAAUGCAAAUUCAUACAUGUAAUAUUUAUUAAUUCCUAUUGCACUUUGUUCUAAAAUUUAAACAGCCAACAUACUAAACUGUAUAUACAUAUAUAAUACGCGUUACGGGUACUGUAUGUUUAUAUAAUAACUUGUUUUUUUCUAUAUUUGUUUAUGUGAUGCUUUAUGUAGAAAAAAGGUUCGAGGUUGUACACCAAAUAUCUGUAAAUAUUUUUAAUUUUGACAAGAUAAAACUAACCGUGUAUAAAACCUGGGACCUUUGCCUAGGAAGGAAUAGGUUUUAAUCUAUUAACAUGAUGUGAAUCUCUUUUCCUAUUUUUACAUUUAACUUCUGCAGUUUUUAAACACUUGACUAAAAUUGUCGGCUUAAAAAUUAACGAAAAUAUUGUUGUCUUUAUUACAUAAAAUUUAUAAGCUGUGA